GUUUAGCGGAUUCGGAAUUGUAACCAAGCAUCCUGGGUUCUAUACCCGAUUCAACACUAGAGCAUGCAGCCGAUCCUGGAUACAUAACUCUCAAAAGUGUGCAGUGAGGGAUCUUUAUUGGUAGCCAGUCUUUCACUUCUGCCUCUCCACUCCCAUGCCUUUCUUGGUCGGACCAACCCAACCGGCGAUUUCCGACAAGUCUUUCUGCUUAGAGCAAGAAGCGGAACCAAAAUAAAGCUUUCUUUAUUUUCAUUUAUGGAUAACCAAUCCAUUUUCCAAUAUAGUUGGGAGAUUUUACCCAAGAAAUGGGUACAUAAAAUGAAAAGAUCGGAACAUGGGAAUAGAUCUUAUACCAAUACUGACUACCCAUUUCCAUUGUUGUGCUUUCUAAAAUGGCAUACCUAUACAAGGGUUCAAGUUUCGAUCGAUAUUUGCGGAGUGGAUCAUCCCUCUCGAAAACGCAGAUUUGAAGUUGUCCAUAAUUUACUGAGUACUCGGUAUAACUCACGCAUUCGUGUACAAACAAGUGCAGACGAAGUAACACGAAUAUCUCCGGUAGUCAGUCUAUUUCCAUCAGCCGGCCGGUGGGAGCGAGAAGUAUGGGAUAUGUCUGGUGUUUCUUCCAUCAAUCAUCCGGAUUUACGCCGUAUAUCAACAGAUUAUGGUUUCGAGGGUCAUCCAUUACGAAAAGACUUUCCUCUGAGUGGAUAUGUGGAAGUACGCUAUGAUGAUCCAGAGAAACGUGUGGUUUCUGAACCCAUUGAGAUGACCCAAGAAUUUCGCUAUUUCGAUUUUGCUAGUCCUUGGGAACAGCGUAGCGACGGAUAAUUCCGAAUCUACAUAGGUCUAGUCCAGGGGACAAAUCAAUAGGAAAUGCUAUUUGCUUCUUAAGAAGAAGAACUUUUUUGAAAUGAAAGAGUUUCCACGGGCGUCGGAUAUCAUUUCUUCAAAUAAGGAAGAAGUGUUAUCGAAGGAUUUCCUUCCAUUCUUCCUAGUAUGGAAGAAGUAAAGAAAAAGUACUGCGUCUCGAUCUAUACGAAAGGGCACUGGUUUUUUCUUUCGGUUUCAUUGAUAGCAGAAGAGUACGCUAGCUAGCGGAGCCUGAAAACGCUUGCUUGCGCCCCACCCCUACGGAAACUAUUGCCUAUGCUUGCUGCUCGCUCAGUUUCAGUAGAAGGGAAGAAAAGAUGGUCACUCCUUUUAGGAACAUGGCGAGCCUUACUUAUGACUGUUGCACUUCACUCGUUGCUCGUUCAUUCACUUGCUCAUGAACUCGCUGCUUCGCCAGAAGCGACUAGUCGCCUCCUUUCCUCCGCCAAAAGAUGCUUAGCCAGAAGCGACGAAGGAGGGGAGCUGGGGAAGGCCGACGAUGGCAAUGAGGGGGAAGCUGUCGUAGAAGCUUUGCCCCUUGCUUUACAUAAAUUGUUAUGAACUUACUAAAUGACCUUAUUUAUUCUCCCGGAACGCUAGCAAAUCUAAUAGUUCCAUCUGCUCUUCUUAACUUAAGAACAAAGGCCGCCAUCCUUCUUAUUCAGGAACCCUUUGUUUGAGGAGGGCGUAUCCCCGGGAAGGGGAGAGUGGCCGAGCGGUCAAAAGCAACAGACUGUAAAUCUGUUGAAGGUUUUCUACGUAGGUUCGAAUCCUGCCUCUCCCACUUGUUGUAGACUUAAGAGAAGAGAAAGUAGGCGGAAGCCUAGGAGGGCCAACCGAGCGAAGCUCUUUUUUUUGCCGUGCCGUGAAGUGCAAUUUUAUCGUAUGCGUUUUAGAGAGGUUGUCGAAAAAAGACGAUCUAUAGAGAUUCCCCAUCUAUAUCCAAUCGAGAAUAGAAGCGAGUCGCUUCAAGCGUCGGCUUGUAGUCUCUGCAGUCGGCACACGCACGCGCCCGCCAUCAUGCCUCCUUGGUUCGGGACGAAGCCAAGCGAGACAUACGAUAGACGAAGGAAGCGCCCACCCAGCAGGAGGGCUAAAACCUGUAGUUUUGAAGUUGCAAACUCCAGCUUCGAAGCUGGAGUGCUUUAGCCCUUUUUUAAGCAAGAAUCACCGUCUUGAGCGCCUUGCGCGCUCAAGAACAAGCAAGGGAUGAGCGCUUUGUUGCUAAAGCGGAUACGUUUUCUUGCUGGGGAAGGCUAGUUUGAUCGAGGAUUGGAGAGGAGGGAGAGGUGGAAUAAAAAGCUCGGGAUGGAUUUUGGAGUCUUUGUGCGAGCCGUAUGCGGUGAGAGUCGCACGUACGGUAAGGAGGGGGGUUUGCAUCUAUACGUGUAGUGUGGUGGUUGGGCCUACCCACCCUAUUUGUUCCAUGAUCUAUGGGUCUACUGGAGCUACCCACUUCGAUCAAUUAGCCAAGAUUUUGACCGGAUACGAAAUCACUGGUGCUCGAUCUAGUGGUAUUUUUAUGGGGAUUCUUUUUAUCGCUGUAGGAUCCCUAUUCAAGAUUACUGCAGUUCCUUUUCGGGCGGCUGUAGGAUGGACGGCCCCCUAUAGGUAGUAGGGUAGGGUGGGUGGUACCGCUCAGAUAGCGGCCAAUCCUCCUAACUGCGCGCGGGCCGGUCUUAGAGCGCGUGAAACUCAUCACUACCUCGUAAGGGCGUUGAGACCAUAGCAUGUUACACAAAAGCGCCGCUUUCUCAGGAGUGUUGUCACACAGCUUCCCGACUAGAAGAGCUACUCGCUCUGUAGUGUUGUCACACAAGAUAAGCACGCCGCCCGCCUGCUGGCCGGGCGAAUCGAAGUUAUCUUCCGGUCAACUGUCCACCCAGUCAAGUGCAAAAAACACAGUGGAAUCACGCAACGCACGCUGCUGGUGUGCUUCCUGCCCACGAGGAAAGAAGAGCGACAAGGUUCAGAUUUGACUGUUUGCAGCAUGGGAGCUGAUUACCCAAAAAAUCCCUGGGAAAAAAGAAAAGAUAUCUCAGUAACGAAAACCAUAGGAGGCUGUAUUGGCGAGAUCCAAGGGUUCACAGCAGCCCAAAAGAAAAACCGCCUGGAAGUCCGAGGACCUUUAGUACCGUACCGAACCAGCAGCCUUCGCGCCAAGCGACGACCGCCCUUGUCCCUUUCCUUUUUCCAUUCAGCCUACUUCUUAGCUUUGUUCCGUCAGUCUAAGGCAAAGCUUAAGUGGUUUGCCUACCUUACCCACUUGAUGAAAGGGAACGAACUUCGUUUCCUUGGCGGCUUUAUGGAUGGAUUCAGUCAGAAAAAACUCCUUCCUUUUGAAAAAAGUGACGCUUUGCGUCUUCGCUUCCGAGGGUUAGGGUAUAGGCCGUUUCGAGCAAGCUUUCGCUUUUUCUCCCGGCUUUCUACAACUUUCGCUUUAGCUUCCAAAGGCGACCCAAUGACCUUUCCGGAAUUGGAAGUAUUCGUCGCCCUACCCUAAGAAAGAAGUCACUAUAAAACUGCUUGCCCUCCAGAAGUACCAAAGGUGCGCGGAGCCCGGUGAAAAUGAAUAUGUUUGCUACUGAAAGAAGCCUGCCUAUUGACUAAUAUUCGUCUUUAGAAUGAAAGUAGCUAUGAAGCCCAAUCUACUGUCGAUUCAAAAGGGGGCAUAGUCAUAUGGGUGGGAUGUUUGUGGGGAGCUGCCUUGGAUAUGAGGAAUUCCUCAAAUCUAAAAAAAAAGAACAAAGACAAAGUCCGUGACGAAGAUCUUUCUUUUCUAUCAAUAGAUAGGAAUGAGUGUUCGUUAUAGGGGAUAGGAUCCAUCUGCUCUCUCUCUCUCUCUCUCUAUUUUCUUUGAUGCAAUUUAGAGAGAAAGAGCAGUGCGAAUUAGAAAAAAAAGAGAAUCGGGAGAUGAUUCCAAAAUAGAUACAUAGACAUCUAAAGUAAAGGGAUGUAUAUAUUAUUUCUAUAUAUAUCAUCUAUCUAUGAAAAAAGUAAACAGAGUUCGUUUUUGGGUUCCCCGAAGCCCCGAAUGGAUUGGAUCGUUUCUGCUUCUGCCAACAAAAUGAAGGCCUCGCCCCUUCCGAAUGCUUCUCCGAUCCUGAAGUUCUCUCGAAGAGAAUAAGAUGCAGCUCCCCCUCCCUCUGUCUUUUUCCGCUUUGCUAAUCUUCCCCUCUAACGCGGGCCGGGCUUAGGCGGGCGCGGGAGGAAGAAAGAAAGUCGAAGAGCGUCUUCUCCUUUGUCCUUU